AUGGUGCCCAGGGCUCUCGGGCCGCUCCUGGCCCUGCUGCCGCUGGCCGCGACGCUACAGAGCCCAGCAGGUCCCGGGCGCGGGGGCGGGAUGCCGGAGCCCUCCGAGCCCGCCCUGCGCCGCCUGUCCCACCACCUCCUGGCCCACUACCAGAAGGGCACCCGGCCUGUGCGGGACUGGCGAACGACCACCAACGUGGCCAUCGACCUCAUGGUCUAUGCCAUCCUCAGCGUGGAUGAGAAGGACCAGGUGCUGACCACCUACAUCUGGUACAGGCAGCACUGGACAGAUGAGUUCCUCAAGUGGGACCCAGCUCGCUUCGACAACCUGACACAGAUCUCCCUCCCUGUGGAGAGCAUCUGGGUGCCCGACAUCCUCAUCAAUGAGUUUGUGGAUGUUGGAAAGUCCCCACACGUCCCCUACGUUUACGUCAGCCAUCACGGGGAGGUGCAGAACCUCAAACCCAUCCAGGUGAUGACUGCCUGCAGCCUGGACAUCUACAACUUCCCCUUCGACGUCCAGAACUGCUCUCUCACCUUCACCAGCUGGCUGCACCACAUUCGUGAUAUCAACCUCUCGCUGUGGCGUCAGCCGGAGCUCGUCAAGUUCGACCAAAGUGUCUUCAUGAACCAGGGCGAGUGGGAGCUGCUCUACGUGCUCAGCCACUUCCAGGAGUUCAGUGUCAAGAGCAGUGACAGCUACGCUGAGAUGAAGUUCUAUGUAGUCAUCCGGAGACGCCCCCUCUUCUACACCGUCAGCUUGCUGCUCCCCAGCAUCUUCCUGAUGGUUAUGGACAUUGUGGGCUUCUACCUACCUCCCCACAGUGGUGAGAGGGUCUCUUUCAAGAUCACCCUCCUGCUGGGCUACUCGGUUUUCCUCAUUAUUGUAUCCGACACAUUGCCAGCCACUGCUGUCGGCACCCCGCUGAUAGGCAUCUACUUUGUGGUGUGCAUGGCACUGCUCGUCAUCAGCCUGACAGAGACUAUCCUGAUUGUGUGCCUGGUGCACAAGCAAGACCUGCAGCCCCACGUCCCUGGGUGGGUGAAACACCUGCUGCUGGAAAGAGCCACCAUCCUGCUCUGUGUCCGGGACAGGAAAAAAUUCAGCCAAAGCAGGAUGCAAACCUUGGACACGUCCAGGCAGGUGGAGAACAAUGACAGCACAGCCAAGCCGGCCGCCCCCUAUGUCUGUGAAGACCCCCGGGAAUGCGGGGCAGUGGGGGGCACGAGGUCUGCACUGGCCUUUGCUGGCCGGGCGGAGGGCUCAGCAGCACUGCAGGAGGUCCUGCGUGAGACCAUGGCAAUCCGCCAGCUCCUGGAAAAACGGGAGGAAUUCCGCGACCUCGCCCGGGAGUGGCUGCAAGUGGGCUACGUGUUGGAUGUCCUGCUGUUCCGGGUGUACUUGGCUGCCGUCCUGGCUUACAGCAUCACACUGGGCACCCUCUGGUCCGUGUGGAGGGAUGCCUGA